CGCAGAGCCGGAGCCGGAGCCGGAGCCCGAGAGCGCGAGGAGCAUCCUCGGUGGUGGCAGCGCAUCCAAGGCCCCGGCACCGCUGCGCCCCUGCUCUGGGUCCGUGACUCGAGCGCCUGACCCGGCCGGAUCCUCCCCUGGCCCCGUGCUCUCCCCGACCCCGCGCAGCCGAGCCCCGGCGUCUGCUGUCCGUCGCCGCAGCCUCAGGAGUCGCUCCAUCCCUCGCCGGGCCCCCAAUCCAGGCCGCCGCCGGGAUGGACGUGUUCAUGAAGGGCCUGUCCAUGGCCAAAGAGGGCGUUGUGGCUGCAGCGGAGAAAACCAAGCAAGGGGUCACCGAGGCCGCGGAGAAGACCAAGGAGGGCGUCCUCUACGUUGGAAACAAGACCAGAGAAGGGGUGGUACAAGGUGUGGCCUCAGUGGCCGAGAAAACCAAGGAGCAGGCAUCACAUCUGGGAGGAGCCGUGUUCUCCGGGGCUGGGAACAUUGCAGCCGCCACAGGGCUGGUGAAGAAAGAGGAAUUCCCCACCGACUUGAAGCCUGAGGAAGUGGCCCAAGAAGCUGGUGAAGAACCACUGAUAGAACCCCUGAUGGAGCCAGAAGGAGAAAGUUAUGAGGAAACACCCCAGGAGGACUAUCAGGAAUAUGAACCAGAGGCGUAAGGACCCAGGAGGGUCCCCCCACCAGCAGCACAAUCCCUUCCCUGUCCCGCCCUCCCCGCCCCCAGCCCCACCACCAGAGCCAGGGCCGACCUACCCUUCACCCCAAACACGAGAUCUUCCUUUGGCAGCGAGGUGCCUCCUCAGAGCCUGUGUUAGUGUCUGCCCAUUUGUCUGUCCGAACUGCCCGCGUCCAACCCUGGGGCGUGGACUGGACCCAGGCUGGGAGCCCUGUCCCACCAGAGUUGCCCGCCCCCCCACACACACACCAUGUUCUAUAUUUUUAAAUGAAGACGGGAAAGCGACGGCUCCUUCCCCCAACCCCAACCAAAGCUCUGCAAGGGGUUCCCGGGCAGCCCCACUUCGACCUCCAAAAAACUUCUUUUUUUUUUUUUUCUUUUAAACCCCAAACUAGGAGCCAGGUUGUGCCAUGUCCCCUUCCUCCCUCAGCCCGCCCAAUCCGAGCGCGGGCGUCGUGUGUUGUGAUUGUGGCAUGGAGAGUUUCCCCCAUCCCUCGUGUGAGCGUGUCCCGGGCGGGCGGGCCCGGCUGCCCCCCGCGUGUCCAUGAAUAAAGCCAAUCUGUCUGUA